AGCAAUUUAAGUAAGUCGAAUUAGCAAAAAGCAGAAAAUUGGAUAUGAAUAUAUUAGUGGAAAUGUUCUUAACUAGCUAAAGACAAUGAGAAGGGCUCCUGGUGUGCAACUUGUAAAAAUAGUUACUCAUGUUAUGUGAAACAAUGCGAUAAAAGCUGUAUAUUAACUUGGCCAUGCUUGUUAAAAAUCGGUCUGGUGCCCAAUAGCUAGUUCCAAGCUAUAGUCGGUACCCAUGUCAAUUUUUAUCUUAUGUCCCCUUUGAAAGUGAAUUUAUUUGACUUUCAUUUCCCUUUUUUGGGGGGUCUCACACUUCUUUAUAGUGUGUUUUACAUUUUUGAACUAAGCUGUUCUUCUGCUAAUUAGAACAGCAAGGUGAAUCAUGAGGCUUUAAUUUAAAAGUCGAGUUAAAUGGUCUCAAAGAAAAGUAGGUUAUGUCAUCUUUACCUUUUUAAAUCAGAGAAAAAAGCAGCAAGUGAUCUCUUUUGAAAAUGUUUGGCAUUCUUCCCUGAUAAACAAAACAAACGAAUGAAUAAAUGAUCAAAAUCGCUGUAAUGUUUUGUGCAUUGAUGAUUUGACAGAUUUUUUGUAGCUCUAGUUUGCAUAUUUGUAGCUUGCGUAUUGUUCUGUCUACAUGUUAUCCCUUCAGGUCAUUUUUGUGUCUGUGUGUUUUACAUAAUAUUUUCAUGAAAGCACCACAUUCUACGAAACAGGAUUUCAUUUUUUUUGUUUCGAUUCUGCUCCUCCAGCGGGGGUCCGGCUGACCCCGGAGCGCUAUUGGGCCGACCCAGCAAGACACAUGGACUGAGUGGAGGCAGGCUCUCUGCAGACUGGCCUUUAGCUCUUUCUCAUUGAAGACAGACUCCCACUGGCCUGCUGUUGGCUUUGAAAAUAUGUUCCUUUAUGUGCCCGGCCGCCCCAUACUACUGCAGCACAAUACUAUUAAUAAUCACACUGAAUGGGAAUCUCCACACUGGACCAGUUUACUAGCUCACAAAGGAACCGGGAUGCUCCUCAGCAUCUCAGUAUGAAUUUGGUUAUUGAGUUGCAAGAGACGAGGACCUACUGCUGAUGUUUUAUUAUCUUCAGAAAAGACUUUCCCAAGCCAAUGCUUGUCAUUUCACAAUAAUAGCACGAUGCCACCCACACAACUAUACAAAGCUGAUAUUGUAAUAGUCAGGCGGAUGGGUGCAUUAAACUGGGAGGCAGCUGCACCGUAUUGUUUUGAACGCAUUUACGAUGUGUAGGUAGCAGAGCGAAAUCCAAUGAGAGGCCGGUCUUCACUGAGAACACCUGGUGAGGUGGACAAGCAUCCCGCUGAGGGCCCGUGAAAACCCCCACCAGCAUGAGGCCACGAAUCAAAGCAUCAGAUGUGUUUCAUCUCUCCACUGGAGUCUCUGCUUUUCAUCCCGGGUUAAGACUGAAAGGACGACACUUCAACUCCUGGCUCCUCACAUCUUCAGCGCACGAGAUGAGAUGAUGACUGGUGAUGCUUCUCCGAGAACUACUGAUCGUUGACGACGCUCCAGCUCUCAGCUCUGCCACUGCAGCACACUGAACCACUGUUAUUAUCCGAAAAGGCUCCCUGGAUUGUCUGCACACAGCGCACAACAUGGCCUCUGCACUGUGGAGGUGUCCGAUGUUUCGCUGCCUCUCGCUCCUUCUCCUCUGCUUCCACUGUUCACAAGGGUUCAGCCGUGCAGCCUUGCCUUUCGGGCUGGUCAGGAGGGAGCUCUCGUGUGAAGGAUAUGCUAUUGAUCUCCGCUGCCCGGGGAGUGAUGUCAUCAUGAUCGAGACGGCCAACUACGGCCGAACCGACGACAAGAUCUGUGACGCUGACCCGUUCCAGAUGGAGAACGUCAACUGCUAUCUCCCCGAUGCCUACAAGAUCAUAUCACAAAGGUGCAACAACCGUACGCAGUGUGUGGUUGUCACUGGCUCUGAUGUCUUUCCUGAUCCAUGCCCUGGCACCUACAAGUACUUAGAGGUCCAGUAUGAGUGUGUUCCCUAUAAAGUGGAGCAAAAAGUUUUCAUUUGUCCCGGGACUCUGAAGGGUGUAGGAGACGCCACCUUCCUGUACGAGGCAGAGCAGCAAGCGGGGUCGUGGUGCAAAGACCCGCUGCAGGCCGGAGACAAAGUCUUCUUCAUGCCCUGGACGCCGUACCGCACCGACACCCUCCUCGAGUACGCCUCUCAAGAGGACUUCAAAAAUGGUCGCCAGACGACCACCUACAAACUGCCGCACCGCGUCGACGGGACAGGCUUCGUAGCCUACGACGGCGCCAUCUUCUUCAACAAGGAGCGCACUCGCAACAUUGUCAAGUUUGACCUGCGCACUCGCAUCAAGAGCGGCGAGGCUAUCGUCAAUAACGCCAACUAUCACGACACUUCGCCUUACCGCUGGGGCGGCAAGACUGACAUUGACCUGGCGGUAGACGAGAGGGGCUUGUGGGUAAUAUACGCCACGGAGCAGAACAAUGGGCGCAUUGUGGUGAGCCAGCUCAACCCCUACACCCUGCGCUUUGAGGCCACGUGGGAGACGGCGUACGACAAGCGCUCUGCCUCCAACGCCUUCAUGGUGUGCGGCGUGCUCAACGUGGUGCGCUCGACCUACGAAGAGAACGAGAGCGAGACCAGCAGGAGCCAAAUCGAUUACACCUACAACACCAAGCUGAGCCAGGGCGAGUACACCGACAUCCUCUUCCCCAACCAGUACCAGUACAUCACUGCUGUGGAUUACAACCCCAGGGACAACCAGCUGUACGUGUGGAAUAACUUUUACAUCCUGCGCUACGACCUGGACUUCGGCCCGCCGGAUCCAGCCGAAGUGCCAACCAGCGAGGGUUUCUCGGUCUCGCCGGCCAUGCCCAGGACCACGGUCCUCAUCACCACGGCCGUGUCCACCGUGAAGGGGCAGGGCGACACCACUGCAGCGGGCGCAGAUCCGAGAGACGGGAGGGACCCGUAUGAGGAAAAUCGUGGCUCGGGUACAGCAGAGCCCACCGUCCCUGAGCUGCCACCGACACCCAGACGCAUCUGCGAGGCGACCAGGAGGAGAACCAUCGACUGGCCCCAGACCCACACUGGGAGCACUGUGGAGAGGCCCUGCCCCAAAGGGACCAGAGGCAUCGCCUCCUUCCUCUGCACCGUGGCAGGGACCUGGUGCUCCAAAGGCCCAGACCUCAGCAACUGCACCUCCCACUGGGUGACUCAAGUGGCACAAAAGAUCCGAAGUGGCGAAAAUGCUGCUAAUUUAGCCAACGAGCUGGCGCGCCACACGCAGGGCCCGGUGUUCGCCGGUGACGUGAGCUCCUCGGUGCGCCUAAUGGAGCAGCUCGUGGAUAUCCUGGAUGCUCAGCUGCAGGAGCUCAGGCCCAGCGAGAAGGACUCAGCUGGACGCAGCUUCAACAAGCUUCAAAAAAGAGAGAAGACAUGCAGGGCGUACAUGAAGGCAAUUGUGGACACUGUUGACAACCUCCUGAGGCCGGAAGCUCUGAAAUCCUGGAAAGACAUGAAUUCCACGGAACAAACGCACGCCGCCACAAUGCUCCUGGACACCCUGGAGGAGGGGGCGUUCGUCCUUGCCGAAAACCUGAUUGAGCCGGCGAUCGUAAAAGUGCCCGCAGAGAACAUCAUGUUGGAUGUGUACGUGUUGAGCACCGACGGUCAGGUGCAAGACUUCAGGUUUCCUCAGACAAGCAAGGGUGGAGCGUCUCUUCAGCUUUCCUCCAACACGGUCAAGGUCAACAGCAAAAAUGGUGUUGCCAAGCUGGUUUUUGUGCUCUACAAACACCUGGGUCAGUUCCUCAGCACCGAGAACGCCACUCUGAGGGGAAUGGGGGACCCGAACAAACGCAACCUCUCCCUCACCGUCAACUCCCACAUCCUGUCGGCUUCUAUCACCAAGGAGUCCAGCCGUGUGUUCGUGGCCGACCCCGUCAUCUUCACACUGGAGCACCUGGAUAAGGAGCACUACUACAAUCCAAACUGUUCCUUCUGGAAUUACUCGGAGCGGAGCAUGAUGGGAUACUGGUCCACUCAAGGCUGCAAACUGCUGGGAACCAACAAGAGCCACACCACGUGCUCCUGCAGUCACUUGACCAACUUCGCCAUCCUCAUGGCUCACCGGGGAAACGUGGGGGAUGGGAGCGUCCACGAGCUUCUUCUCACCGUCAUCACGCGGAUGGGCAUCGCCGUGUCUCUCGUCUGCCUCGCCAUCAGCCUCUUCACCUUCUGCUUCUUCAGAGGUCUGCAAAGCGACCGCAACACCAUCCACAAAAACCUCUGCCUCAACCUCUUCAUCGGCGAGCUCGUCUACCUCGUGGGCAUCAACAUGACAGAACCAAAGCUGGUGUGCUCAAUCAUCGCCGGAGUUCUCCACUUCUGCUUCCUGGCUGCGUUCGCCUGGAUGUGUCUGGAGGGCGUGCAGCUGUACCUCAUGCUGGUUGAGGUAUUCGAGAGCGAGUUCUCACGCAGAAAGUACUACUACGUCUCUGGGUACCUCAUCCCGGCUGUGGUGGUGGGCAUCUCGGCCGCCAUCGACUACAGAAGCUACGGCACACAGCGGGCAUGCUGGCUGAGGGUAGAUAACCAUUUCAUCUGGAGCUUCAUCGGACCUGUAACCUUCAUAAUUGUGGUCAAUGUCAUCUUCCUGGUGGUGACGAUGUUCAAGAUGGUGAAACACUCCACCUCCAUGAAACCCGACUCGUCCAGGCUGGGGGGUAUCAGGUCGUGGGUGUUGGGAGCGUUUGCCCUGCUUUGUCUGUUGGGGCUCACGUGGACCUUUGGCUUGUUCUUCCUCAACGAAUCGUCCAUUGUGAUGGCUUACCUCUUCACCAUCUUCAACACUCUGCAAGGGAUGUUCAUCUUCAUCUUCCACUGCCUCCUCCAGAAAAAGGUCCGCAAAGAGUACAGCAAAUGUUUCCGUCAGUCCCAGUGCUGCGGCGCUCUGCCGUCUGAGGGACCCCACAGCGCAGCCAAGACAGCCACGUCUCGGUCCACGGCCCGCUACUCAUCUGCUACACAGAGCCGCAUAAGGCGGAUGUGGAACGACACUGUGAGGAAGCAGUCGGAGUCCUCCUUCAUCUCGGGAGACAUAAACAGCACCUCCACACUCAACCAGGGGAUGACUGGCAACUACCUCCUAACUAACCCUCUCCUCCGAACCCACGACACUAACCCUUAUAACAACCUGCUGGCAGAAACGGUGGUGUGCAACACCCCCUCUCCACCAGCCUUUCACUCCCCAGGACAGCACUCUCUGAGCAACAGCAGGGACAUCAGUGCCAUGGACACCCUCCCCCUCAAUGGCAAUUUCAACAACAGCUACUCCCUGCGAGACGACGACUAUGAGACCGUGGGCGUUAGAGCCCCGGGUGACCUGGGGGGCCUCCACCUGGACGAUGUCGCCUUUGAGAAGAUGAUCAUAUCUGAGAUUGUCCACAAUAACCUACGGCCCCGCGGGGCCCCCAAAGGCCGCGCCCACCCAAGGGAGCAGGACCGGGCCUUGCCCCCACAGACCAGAGUGACGGCGGACCGAGGUGGUGGUGGUGGUGGUGGGGGGGGCGGGAGCGGCAGCGGUAGCGAGGAUGAUGCCAUCGUGGCGGAUCACGCCGAGGCGGCAUCCCCCCAGAGAGGAAGUGGAAGAGGAGGCCACGCCACCCUGGAGCUGCUCCUGCACCCCCACCACAAGGAGGUGCUGGAGGCCCCCCUCCUGCCCCAGAGGACUCACUCCCUGCUCUACAGCGCCCAGAAGGCCCCCAGGCGCCUGGAGGGUCAGGGCGGCCACGGCUCUGAGAUUGUCACUGCAGUGGAGGACGUGGGCGCCCAGUCACCCAACAACAAUAGAGACUCCCUUUACACGAGCAUGCCCAACUUGAGAGACUCGCCCUCGCCCUCAGCUUCGCCGUACCCCCCGGAGGAGGAGGAGGAGGAGCUCUCCUACUCGCCUCGAAGCGAGAGCGAGGACGCGUAUCACAAAAGCAUGCCUGAGCUCGGCGAUGCGCCGCAGCCCCUGUCAUACUACCACAUAAACCGAGGCACCAGCGACGGCUGCAUCAUCCCACCCAACAACGAAGACUGCACACAGGAAGGAGAGGCGCCCAGCGACGGACAAAUGCAGCUCAUCACCAGCCUCUGAGCCGGCCCUCUUUGUUUGCACAGGUUUCAACAGAUGGCUGCUUUCGGUCGAUGUCAAGAGAGCCGGCGAGUCUGGCUCCGCACUCCACAUGCCCUUCCUGUUAGGACAGGAAGUGAAAUGUUGUCGGGUGGGAAAAGGAAUGUAGAAAUGACUUUUUUUUUUGCACACAGAUCCCAUUAACACACAAAACACGUCCAUCGGCGGCCGGACAAAUGUGGACUGUGAAAGCUCUGCUGUUGGACGAAAGAGGUGCAGAGAAUAACACACAGGCCGGUGCAUCAGAGACAAAUCUGGCUUUUCUGUUGUACUGUACUGUCGAAGAAUAAGGGAUAAAAAAAAAAAAAAUACUUCAAGCAAAGAACUUUGAAACUCCGGACAUAUUCUUUGGGGGACUUUGCAGAACCAGGGUCUUUUUAGUCAUGAAGUCCAGAACUAGAACUAGUGUGGCUCCACUGCACAGUCGGGACUGUAAAGUUAAGAAACCACUAAUUCAGACUCAGGCCUUAUAUUUUCUCUAUUGCACAUUUAACUGUUGUCAAAGUAACAGCUAAAGAAAAUAUAUUUUGCUGUACCACUAGUGUAAAAAUGAAGAAAGAAGAAAAAAAGAAGAAGAGAAACGGCAACCAUUCAGUAGUUAAGCCCUGUCGAUGUUAAUACAAUUCUUCAGACAAGGUUCAUCAAAAUGGUGGAAAUGUGCUUUUUCCUCUCACACUUGACUCGUAUUAUGUUUGAAUAUGAAAAAAAAAAGAGAGAAGUUUCGAGAGAUCCAUAUGAAAUCAUGCUCACAUCUCUGCUUGUGAAGUGCUUUUGCUUUCAUGAAUGAUGAGUUUUUGCCAGUAGUAUAUUUGUUAACACCGGGCCAUGCACAGAUUUGGAAACUUGUGUAAUUUAUUUUACUUCGAAAGAAAUUGUCAAGUUUAAAGGCUUGUGUUCACGCCAAUGCGGUAUUGCAAUUUUUGCAGACAUAUUUCAUCCUUUGACACUAAUUAAUUUAUUAACUGAACUAUUCAGAAGAAGAAGAAAAAUAAUAUGGUUGGAAAGUGUGAAAAGUUGUUGCAGCACUGAUUAGGUUCAAUUUAUUUCUUUUGUAAGAGACCAUCAUCAUCAUCAGCUGAUAUUUAAUUCAACUCCUGUUUGAUAUCAAAUAAAUGUGAAAUUUUUUUCUUGUUCUCA